AGGGCCGCUCUCUUUCCCGCCGCGCCGCGGUGAGGUGCGGGCGGCGACAUGGGCCCGAGUCGCGCCGCGCUGCGGGGCCCCGGCUGAAGGAGGAGCCCGGUCCCCGCGGGAGCAGAGGCGGAGCCCCCCCGGUCGCCGCCCGGAAGGCGCCGGCAGCGCCCGGAAACGGGAGGCGGUGCCGGGGCUGCCACGUUGGAGCGGGCCCGGGACGGCAAAAUGAAGCUGAAGGAGGUUGACCGCACUGCCAUGCAGGCAUGGAGCCCUGCCGAGCAGCACCCCGUUUAUCUGGCCACGGGUACAUCGGCCCAGCAGCUGGAUGCAACCUUCAGUACGAGUGCUUCCCUGGAAAUAUUCGAGCUGGACUUAGCAGACCCUUCGCUGGAUAUGAAGUCCUGUGCCACCUUCUCCUCCUCUCACAGGUACCACAAGCUGAUCUGGGGGCCGCACAGCAUGACCACAGGCGAGCGAGUCUCCGGAGUCCUGAUCGCUGGGGGUGAGAACGGGAACGUCAUUCUCUAUGACCCAGCCAAAAUCAUAGCUGGAGACACCGAAGUCAUCGUUGCCCAGAAAGACAAGCACACGGGACCCGUGAGAGCGCUUGAUGUCAACAUGUUCCAGACUAAUCUGGUGGCCUCUGGUGCUAAUGAGUCUGAAAUCUAUAUCUGGGACUUGAAUAAUUUUGCCACGCCGAUGACUCCAGGAGUGAAGACGCAGCCUCUCGAGGACAUCAGCUGCAUCGCCUGGAACAGGCAAGUCCAGCACAUCCUGGCAUCUGCCAGCCCCAGUGGCCGAGCCACCGUGUGGGAUCUCAGGAAGAACGAACCCAUCAUCAAAGUCAGUGACCACAACAACCGGAUGCACUGCUCAGGCCUGGCAUGGCACCCCGAUGUUGCUACCCAGAUGGUCCUGGCCUCGGAGGACGACAGAUUGCCUGUGAUUCAGAUGUGGGACCUUAGAUUUGCCUCCUCGCCGCUGCGUGUUUUGGAAAGCCACACAAGGGGUAUCUUGGCCAUUGCUUGGAGUAUGGCAGAUUCAGAGCUGCUGCUUAGCUGUGGGAAGGAUGCUAAAAUUCUGUGCUCCAACCCUAACACGGGCGAGGUGCUGUAUGAGUUGCCAACCAACACGCAGUGGUGCUUUGACAUCCAGUGGUGUCCCAGAAACCCUGCCGUCCUGUCUGCCGCUUCGUUCGACGGGCGGAUCAGCGUUUACUCCAUUAUGGGAGGCAGCACGGACGGGUUGAGGCAGAAGCAAGUGGACCAGCUUUCGUCCUCGUUUGGGAACCUGGAUCCGUUUGGUACAGGACAGCCCCUCCCGCCCCUGCAGCUUCCCCAGCAGACUGCCCCACAGAGCGUCGUUCUGCCCCUAAAGAAACCACCCAAAUGGAUCCGGCGACCCGUGGGAGCAUCGUUCUCGUUUGGAGGCAAGCUGGUUACAUUUGAGAACGCCAAGCCUCAGCAGCAGCCGGGCAUCGAUCAGCAGCAGCAGCGUCACCACGUCUACGUGAGCCAGGUUGUUACAGAGAAGGAGUUCCUGGCACGCUCCAACCAGCUGCAGGAGGCUGUGCAGUCCGAAGGCUUCAUCAGUUACUGCCAGAAGAAAAUUGACAUGGCCCAGGCUGACUUUGAGAAGAAUGUGUGGGCUUUCUUAAAGGUGAAUUUUGAAGAAGAUUCACGUGCUAAAUAUCUUGAGCUGUUGGGAUACAGGAAGGAUGAUCUGAGGAAUAAGAUUACGUCAGCUCUGAAUAAAGAGGGUCAUGCAGAAGGUGAAUUGGGAGAGGCUCCCGCAGAAUCUGAUGCAUCUGUACCGAACGAGAGGGACGAAGGCCAGGCUGCAGAGGAGGUGUUCUUGGGAGAGAGGGUGAAAGACAAUAAGCAAGAAACUGAAGAUUUGGGAUCUGCAAAGAAGACAUUUAACAUCUCUGUCAGUGGAGAUGUGGAUGGCUUGAUUACCCAAGCUUUGCUGACUGGUAACUUUGAGAGCGCAGUAGAUCUCUGCUUGCACGAUAACCGCAUGGCUGAUGCCAUUAUCUUGGCCAUCGCAGGCGGACAAGAGCUGCUUUCUAGGACACAGGAAAAGUACUUUGUGAAGAUGCAGAGCAAAAUCACCAGGCUCAUCACUGCAGUCGUAACAAAGAACUGGAAGGAGAUCGUGCAGUCUUGUGAUCUGCAGAAUUGGAGAGAGGCUUUGGCUGCUGUGCUCACUUAUGCCAGGCCGGAUGAGUUUGCAGCCCUUUGUGAUCUCCUGGGUAACAGGCUGGAGAGCGAGGGGGACAGCCUUCUGCAGACGCAGGCCUGUCUCUGUUACAUCUGUGCCGGCAAUGUGGAAAAGCUUGUUGCCUGCUGGACCAAAGCUCAGGAUGGAAACAGCCCCUUGUCUCUUCAGGAUUUAAUAGAGAAAGUCGUGAUCCUGCGCAAGGCUGUGCAGCUCACCCAGGCUGUGGACCCGAAUGCUGUGGGGGCCCUUCUGGCUGAGAAGAUGAGCCAGUACGCCAACCUCCUGGCUGCCCAGGGCAGCAUUGCUGCAGCUCUGACCUUCCUGCCCGCCAGCACCAACCAGCCAAACAUCGUGCUGUUACGGGACAGGCUUUGCAGAGCCCAAGGGGAGCUGCCAGUGAGACAGGAGGCCGUCAAGGCACCGUAUGACAGACAGCCCAUGCCCAAAGGACGAGCUGGCCCUGUGGCAGGGCAGAUGCAAGGGCCUCAGGCCCCAGCACAGCAGUAUUACCAACAGGUUAGAAUUGCCCCUACUGUCACUACCUGGAGUAACAAAACUCCCACUGCCCUUCCCAGCCAUCCUCCUGCAGGAUGUCCCUCUGACACACAGGGAGACAACCCACCUCCUCCAGGAUUCAUCAUGCCGGGAGCCGUUAACCCCAGCGCGCCGCAGCCAGCCGCGUCCUCAGCGUACAGCAUGUACUCGCAAGCAGGGGCCCGGCCUGCGUACCCGCAGACAUAUCAGGCCACACAGCAGUACUCUUUCGGAACGGGGGGACCAGCUCUCUAUCAGCCUCAGCAGCCUCUCUCUGCCCCUGCUUCAGCCUCUUACCCGAACCCUGCCACUAACACCACCCCUCCCUACCUGCCCUCUGCCCCUGCCCACCCUGCGACCACCCCGCUGUACCCGGGGCAGCCUCAGCCCUCCCCCACCGGCCCCAACCCUGCCUCUUCCUUCCCCCUCCCUCCUUCUGGUGCAUCCUUUCAGCAUGGCAGGCCAGGACUUCCAGCAACUUCUGUGGCUUAUGCAUUGCCUACUGGACCAACAGGUACUCUGCCUGCAGCCAGUGACCUUCCUGCAUCCCAGAGAACAGAAAACUUACCAGCUCAAGACCAGGCCUCUCCCCUGGCAGGUGAACUAGGGCCUCAGAACGGCUGGAAUGACCCUCCUGCCCUGAACAGGGCUGCGAAGAAGAAAAAGGUCCCCGAUAACUUCAUGCCCCCGGUCCCCAUCACGUCCCCCAUCAUGACCCCGCUGGCAGACCCGCAGUCUCAGAUGCAGCAGGCUCCGGCACCGCCCGCGGGCGCUCCCAGCUUCCAGGCUCCGCAGCUCCCCGCGGGGCAGCCGGCGCUGCAGGGCCCCUACCCGCCUGCCCCCCAGCCCCUGGGGCCGUGCAUCGUUCCUCCCGCUGUCUCCAAACCCAGCACCGAGGGGGCUCCGGGGGCCCCAAUUGGCAAUGCCAUCCAGCACGUGCAGGCACUGCCAACAGAGAAGAUAACCAAGAAGCCCAUCCCUGAGGAGCACCUUAUUCUGAAGACCACAUUUGAAGCUCUUAUCCAGCGGUGCCUGCUGUCUGCCUCCGAUCCACAAACCAAAAGAAAACUAGAUGAUGCGAAUAAACGCCUUGAAUGUCUAUACGAUAAACUUAGGGAACAGACACUCUCUCCAACCAUCAUCAGCGGCUUGCACAACAUUGUGAAGAGCAUCGAAACCCGCAACUACAUGGAAGGACUGAACAUCCACACGCACAUAGUCAGCACCAGCAACUUCAGUGAGACCUCGGCUUUCAUGCCUGUUCUGAAAGUUGUCCUCACCCAGGCCAAUAAGUUGGGUGUCUGAAGAAACCCUACACUUGCAAAGCCCGCGAUGGAGGCUUAUCCAAAGAAGUGCAUUUCUACAGCAAACAUGCAAGAAAUGGACCAAAUGCUAGUCCUCAUGGCAUGUUGCAGUAGAGCGCUGACAAAUGGCAUUACACUCUCCCUGCAGAAUAUUUUAGGCGGGCCUUGGAGCCCUGGUGCUUUUCUUUUUAUUUUAAUCGUUUCCUCAUCCCUAAUGAUUGGUCUACAAAUAGUGUAUUUAAUGGAUGAUACCCCGUAUUGUCAGUUUUUAGAUGCAUGUUAUACUGCUAAACAGCGGCUUUUAAUAACAGAUGUAUGUGUGAAAACAAAAAGAUAGGUUGUGUAUCAGACCCUAAAACAGAUUCUUCCCCUGCACCCCGCUGUUCCUUAUCCACCGGAUUAAAGAGUCUGAUCCUA